CCUCAUCUAAAUCACCAAUAUCUGCCACCCUUUUACGGGGAUCAGUCAGGUAACGUGAAAAGUCUAAUCAUUUUGCUUGCAUGACGUGUCAUGUUUCUAUUGGUUUAUUACACAAAAACCGAUGCAAAGGAAACGUUAACCAGUGAGGGAAGGGGAGGGGAAGCCAAUUGACUGUGUCUCUCAUUAGUUUCUGGUUAGGUUCCAACUGUCAAGUUUGGUUUCCGUCUUACAAUGCAAAGAAACAAGCCAUGCAAGGGUAGUUUGGGGAUUCCGAAGUUCCUGUCUUUAUAGCAACCGACAGCUUCCCUCGCCAACCAAUCCAACGUAAACAUAAAGAACAAAGAUUUUUUUUUUUUUGUACUUCAUUUCUUGGGAAAAAAGAGAAAAAAGCUUGAGAAAGACAUGGAUCCUGAGGCUUUCGCUACUGGGAGCUUCUUCAAAUGGGACCCAAGAGGAGUCAUGGCCCCCAUGCCGGCGCGUUUGAUGGAAGCAGUGGCGUCGCCUCAGCCACAUACGACUGCUGCUGCUGCUGCUGCUGCUGCAGUUGCGGCUGCUUACAUGGGGAGGCCAAGGGAGCUUGGAGGAAUAGAGGAGUUGUUUCAAGCUUACGGGAUCAGAUACUACACUGCAGCUAAGAUAGCUGAGUUAGGGUUCACUGUGAGUACCCUUUUAGGCAUGAAGGAAGAAGAGUUAGAUGAGAUGAUGAAUAGUGUGUCGCAGAUAUUCAGGUGGGAGCUGCUAGUUGGUGAGAGGUAUGGUGUUAAAGCUGCUGUUAGAGCUGAAAGGAGAAGGCUUGAAGAAGAGGAUUCAAGGCGGCGACACCUGGUUUCAGGUGAUACCACCAACGCUCUUGAUGCCCUCUCCCAGGAAGGGUUGUCAGAGGAACCAGUGCAGCAAGAGAAAGAGGCAGCAGGGAGCGGAGGAGGGGGGGCGUGGGAUGUGGUAGUAGCUGGGGGGAGGAAGAAGCAGCGGCGCAGGAAGGGGCAGAAGAAGGUGGUUGUAGAAGUUGGUCAUGAAGAUGGAUUAGAGGGUGGUGACGAUGAUGAAAAUGGUGAUGGUGAAGGCUACGAGAGACAGCGAGAGCACCCUUUCAUUGUCACUGAACCUGGUGAGGUAGCACGAGGCAAAAAGAAUGGUCUUGAUUACCUUUUCCAUCUCUACGAGCAGUGCCGGGAGUUCUUGAUUCAAGUCCAAAACAUCGCCAAGGAGCGUGGUGAAAAAUGCCCCACCAAGGUGACCAAUCAAGUUUUCAGGUAUGCUAAGAAGGCCGGGGCGAGCUACAUUAACAAGCCCAAAAUGCGACAUUACGUGCACUGCUAUGCGCUGCAUUGCCUUGACGAGGAGGCAUCGAAUGCGCUGAGGAGAGCUUUCAAGGAGAGAGGAGAGAAUGUUGGGGCAUGGAGACAGGCUUGCUACAAGCCUCUCGUGGCCUUAGCUGCGAGCCAGGGUUGGGACAUUGAUGCAAUUUUCAAUGCACAUCCUCGUCUUGUUAUUUGGUAUGUGCCCACCAAGCUUCGACAACUUUGUCAUGCCGAACGUAACAGUGCCGCAGCCUGUAGCUCCGUUUCUGGCGGACCUGAUCAUAUUGCCUUCUGAACCUUUGAUUCCACAACCAAUUCUGUAAUUGGGUUUAUAUUGAGAAUGAAAGAA